UUGUAUUUUGGUGGUACAGAACGGCCAGCGCACCACGGUUGCGACGAAUCGCUACAAGCAGUGUAUCAGUGUAAUAAUGAAUUCGGAUGAAGGCCCUCCUGCGCUUUCAUCAGAAGUGGGAUCGAACGGAAUGCAAAAUGAAGAAAAAUUGUCGGAUACGUCACACGCUGAAAAACUAUUGAGUAACAUGGAAAGGUUGCUUUCUCGGGUUUUGGCUAUUCCACAAACGCCAACCGUGAGUACUAAUCGUUCACCACUUUUAAAGUUUGAUCCGGAUGAUUCUGAGUCAGAUAUUGAUGACUGGUGUAAAGUAACGGAGAUCAUUGUGACAAAUAAAGGCUUGGAAGGGGUUGACCUAUUAAUAGCCUUAACAGGAGCGCUAAAAGGUCGUGCUGGUGCAUGCAUAGCUAAGCUAAAUUUGGAAGAAAUCACUUGGAGUUCAGUCAAAGAGAUUUUAAUAGCGAGAUUUUCAAAACCCAAACUUAUCCAAGACUAUUUCGACGAUGUGUUGCGAUUUAAAAUAAGCGCUAAUGAGACAGCGUCCGAAUCAGCUCUACGUUUAUGGAAUCUUAUCGAAAAGAUACCUAAUACUAAGAUGUCUGAAGAAGUAAUAACUGGAUUUGUAAUUUCGGUACUGUGUCAAAAAGAUAACAUGAUACGUCGUGAACUAAAUGCACAGACAAUCACGAGCCGUGCCCUAUUAUUCCGCAUCCUUGGUGGAAUAUCACUGAAGAGACGCUUGGAUGCCGAAGCUCAAGAACCUGAAGCCAAGCGAGUUCGAUUGGUUGAGAAGUUCUCUGGCAAGUGUCAUUACUGCGGAUUGAAUGGACAUCGUAUAGCAGAGUGUCGAAAACGACGCAAUGAUAGGGAAACGAAAACUCAAGAGCCUUCAAGUUCAUCACGUUUAGUGGAAAAGAAGCCAGCUGUUACUUGCUACGCCUGUGGACAGCCUGGCCAUGUGGCGACGGCCUGUCUGAAUAAGAAGAAUAGUAGUGCAGCCACAGUCAAGGAAGUCCAACAAUGCGAGCACAGGCCCUCCAGAGGUACCCUAAGGACGUCAUCGGGUGAGACCGUCUCCUUUCUAUUUGAUAGUGGUUCAUCUUGUUCUUUGUUAAAAUAUUGUUUCGUUGAAAGGCUUCUGGGUACUGAGCUUAAAAGUCUUGUUUAUCUUAGUGGCAUAGGCGGUGAUGAUAUCCAAUGCACCACCCAGGUCCAAAGCUGUGUGACAAUCGAUGAAAUUACAGUUAGCUUACUUUUUCAUGUGGUCCCUGAUACUCAUAUUUCCGAUCCAAUUAUAAUUGGAAGGGAUAUUUUUGACCAAGGGUUGUGCGUUAGGAUUGACCAUGAUAAUCUUAUUUUCUUUUCAAUAAAAAAGUAACUAUUGUGACCUAAAGUCGAAUAAGUUGGACGUUAUGAAAAUUGACACGGAUUUACAAGGAAAUGAUAAAAAAUCGCUUAUGUUGUUACUAAACAAAUAUUCCGACUAUUUCGCUGUCGGUAUUCCCUCUCGCCGGGUUUUAACAGGAGAAUGUGAGAUUAAUCUAAUAGACCCAACUAAAAUUGUACAGCGGUGUCCAUAUAGAUUAGCCCCCGCUGAAAAGUUGAUAGUUAGAGAAAAGAUCCAAGAAUUACUCGAUGCUAGGGUGAUUCGCGAAAGUACCUCCCCCUUUGCUAGCCCAAUAUUA